CCGUGUUUGCAAAUAGUAUGUACAUAUAUAUAAGGAAGGAGGCAAAGGAUUAUGUUAUACAUUACUGAAUAUUGUUUGCUUAAGUAAUAAUAAUAAUACAAAAGAGUCAUCAUGAAGUUCUUGGUUUUUAGCUUGGUCUUUGCUGUUUACUAUGCAAAUGCAGCUAUUACUCCCGAACAAGCUGAGAAGAUCAAAAGUUUCCACAAAGAAUGUCUUCCGGAAUCCGGAGUUAAUCCCGAAUUGGUUCAAAAGGCAAGACAAGGAGAUUUCGCCAAUGACGACAAGCUAAAAGCACAUAUCUUCUGCGUCUCCAAGAAGAUCGGUUUCCAAAACGAUGCCGGUGAAAUUCAAGUGGAAGUUCUCAAAGCCAAAGUGGGUGCUGCCUUAGAAGAUCCAGCUCUUGCUGCCCAAUUGAUCGGCACCUGUGCUAAGCAACAAGCAAAUGGACCCGAAACGGCCUUUGAAACCAUAAAAUGCUAUCACGAAAAGACACCAAUUCAUCUUAGUAUUAUUUAAAUAUUUUGAUUUUGUUAUAAUAUAAAAAACUUCUUUUUUGAAGAGUUGUUACAAAUAAAUUUUUUAUCAUUACAUGUACAUAAA